AUGGACAUGAUCUUCGUCGCCCGCCAACUGCGGAAGAAGUGUAAGGAGAUGCGGAUCCACCUCUACUCUACCUUCGUGGAUCUGAAGAAGGUCUUCGACACGGUGAAUCGUGAAGGACUGGGGAGAACCAUGCAGAAAUUUGUCUGUCCCAAACGAUUCACUCAGAUGCUGUGUCAACUCAACUAUGCCAUGACGGCACGCUCCAUAGACAGUGGAUUCGUAUCAGGGGCAUGUGCAGUGACCAACGGAGUGAAUCAGGGCUGCGUCCUCGUGCCUAUCCUCUUCAAUGUCAUGUCCUCUGCCAUGCUGAUGGACACCAACCGUAACAAAUGCCCCGAGAUCCGCGUCGUCUACAGGACGGAUGGCCAACUACUCAAUCAGUGGCGGGUGCACUUUCAGUCGCGUGUAUUCACAACUACCGUCUAUGAACUUUUCUUCGCCGACGGCUGCAGACUUAACGCCAUCUCGGAAGGGGACAUGCAAAGGAGCAUGAUCUUUUCGACGCCGCCUGUGACAAAUUCGGUCUGGUCAUCAACAUGUAGACGGUAG